ACGGGAAGACUACGUGGGCGAUGUCUCCUUAGCCAGUUCCAUCAAUUAUUGAUAGAUACCUCCGCACUUUACUGGCUUUAUAAUUUCCACUCUUCCGUGGAAGACGACGACAAAGCUAAUCCGGACAUCGCAUCCUCCCGUCCAUUUGGGUCGCCGGCCCUCGCUGAUUCCUUCUCCUGGAUUUUCGGACAUCAGUAAAUUUCUUGUUCUAUUUUGUUAUUUUUAGACUCACAUUGCAUUGUUUCUUCGAAUUAAUUGUUUCUGCCCUUAAGUCGUAGCAUAGACAAAUAGACCAUGGAUGUUUGAUAUAACGUAAUGAUUAAAAAUUAAAAAUUGACGAUCUAAAAUUUAUUUUAAUAUAUAUCUAUGUAUUUAUAUUUAUCUUUCAUCAUAUUUUAACGUAUAUAUAUAUAUAUAUAUAUUUUGUUUCGACCUUAUUUAAGAAAUUUUGUUGGAUGGCGUUUCCGUAAUUUCGGAUGCUGCCAGCAUAAAUUAAGAACCCUGCUUCCGCGACACUCUCCGCCUCAGUUCUGAGAACUCACGAAGCAGAGCGAGCGAUAGAUCAGGUGCCGAUGGGAAACGUGGAAACGGUGCGAACGUCUUCAUCUCGCCGUGAGGUUGGAUCGGGAAACCGCCCGAACAGCAUCGGUUGCAUGUCCGGCAUCUUCCAUUUCCUCUCCCGUCAACACAACCGAUCUCGCAGACGCAUCGCCUCCGGUAGCAACCCUAUUAAAAGGAAGGAGAACCCCGGCGCUCCGCCUCCGAGGAGACCGACGACGCCUCCGCCGCCGGAGGCCGCGGUCGAAGGCGCCAAGAAAAUGCGGCACUCCAGCGAGUCUCCGAGGAGCCCGGCGAUCCCGCAGGAGAUCAGGCGAAGAAAGCCGGCGCCCGCGUCGCCGGACAGCCCCCGUACCCCUCCGGCGCUGGUGGCGCGGCUAAUGGGUCUCAACGAGCCGCCGCCGCCGGCGGUGGCCGCGGACAAGCGGAGGGAGUUGCUGCGGGCGCUGGAGAAGUGCGACGAGGACCUCCAGGCGCUGACGCGGAUCAUCGAGGCGAUCCGAUCGGGGGAGACCCAGGCGGACGCGGUCGUCUCCACUGCCGGGAAGACGUCGGAGCGGCUGCUGGAGAUCGAGACAAGCGCCGGGGACGCGAAGAGCGAGUGUAACGGGGAGCAGCCGAGCCCCGUGUCGGUGCUCGACGCGAUAUCGUCGCCUCGGUAUCGGUCCCGGUCGCGGUCGCAACGUUCCCAAGAGGAUGACGAAGGAAGCCCGGCCGACGAAUCUCGGAUCGUGAAGCCCUCCCGCAUGGCCGUUUUUCAUGCGGGCAAGUCUAUUAAUGCGAUCAGUAGUACAGAAGAUGUCGACAAUCAUAAGAAGGCGCACGAGGCCACACGACGCCGGAACAUAAUGGAGCCAAUGCCGAGCGGUCAGGCCACGGCGGAGGACUUGGGCGGUCGGCCGUCGUGGUGGCGAGCGGGGAGGAGGUGUGCGAGCCGGGCGAUGGAGGAGAGCGUGGAUGAGGUGUGGGAGGAGGGGGCGGAGAAAGAGAAGUGGGAGCUGGGCCGGGUGAGGGCUUGUUUGGAGUCUCACUUGCUGGGGGAGUUGGUGGAGGAGCUCGUGGUGGACCUCCUCGGCUUGUGUUGUAAGCUGUCGUCGUCGCCUAAUUGCCGGAAGAGGCUUCGCUUCUAGUUCUGGAACUGUAGUUGGAUACUCGAUCGAUCGCAUGGAAGCUCUGUGGCCUGGGUUGGAAUUUAGUCACUCGUCCACUGAAAACUUUUGAACGAGAAACCAUGAAAUAAAAAACCAAACCAGUGCGUCCAAAUUGGCAUAACUUUAGACUUUGUUCCCCCCAAAAACACUGAAAAAGAAUCGUCACUUUUGCUUUUUUGUACUGUAAGGAAUAGGGUGUGUGAGGACUGAUGUUGCAAUAAUCUUCAUUCUUCAGUGGAUGGGUUUGAGGCAA